AAACACACAAAGACACACACAUCUCCACACAGCUCUCCGGAUUUCACAAAGCGAGGACGACAAUAGAAAAACAUACAAAGCACAAGUCGUCAUUUGUCAUGGAAGGCCAGGCGUUCAGAAAACGUUUUCCUCUGAAGUACAGUUGGAUCUUCUUGUUCUUGGCCUGCCUUGUUUUAUGGGUCAUGUUUUACAGUGAAAGCAUCACUGAUCACAUAACCUGUAGGUUGUCAGAGAUGAGCGUCCCCACAACAAAGGCCCCAACACUCAGCACCACAAGGUUCAAACGUCCCACUGAGCCUCCUGAGCCAGCCAGCGUCUGCUCCUACCACUCUGUGUUACCAGAGGACGCUCUCGAGGUAGAACUGUUGAAGGAGUCCAUCGCCUGGCCUGAAACACCUUCUCUACCGUCUGACUUCUCUCUGAAUGACACCAGUGAUCCGGCUCACAGCACCUUCACCAUUCUGCCAAGAAACGGCGGUGGAAGUUGGCGAGUAGGGGAUCAGCUGGAGGUUCUGAUACAAAUCACCGACUUCCAGGGCCGCCCCAAGUCAUCAGGGGGAGAUGUUCUGCUUGCUCGACUGCACAACUCGACUCUUUUUGCAGGUGUCGCAGGGCGAGUGUUGGAUCAUCACAAUGGCUCUUACACUGCUGUGUUCGCUUUACUCUGGGAAGGAAGUGCGCAUGUUGAGGUGACUCUGGUCCAUCCCAGCGAGGCGGUCACUGUGCUGGAAAGAAUCACCCAGCAGAACCCUGACAGAGUUUCUUUCAAAAGCAUCUUCCGCUUUGGCUCUGUCACCGAAGCUACUGCUUGCAACAUGUGCCUCAAGGCGCCCCCUGAAAAGCUGUGCAACUUCACCGACAUCCGCACCGGUGAGCCCUGGUUCUGCUACAAGCCAAAGAAACUCAAAUGUGAACACAGGAUCAUUCACUCAUUUGGAGGAUUCGGUCUGAAACUAAAGCCGAUGGAGGAAAAGCUCUUUCAAAGGGAUGUCAACUUGAAAGUCUUAAUUCAAUCAUCAGGGACUUCAAACAUCACUAUUUUACCCAAACUAAAAGUUCUGAAUGAAAUGGUUCCCACAAACACAUCAGGGGGAAGUGUGAACAUUCAACCUGCUGGUUAUUAUUACCAGGGAAUUUGGCGAGCACUAGAUGGCGCCACGGUUCACCAGCUGACUAACAACUCUGCAAUUAGCCAGUGUUUGAGUGGCCAGGUGCUCCACCUGUAUGGAGACUCCACCAUCAGGCAGUGGUUUGAAUAUUUGAUCUCAGCAGCACCAGAUCUCAAGAAGUUUGACCUGAAAAGUCUACAGCAGACAGGACCUUUUAUGGCCUUGAACUAUGCAAAGAACACCUUGGUGACGUUCCGCUGCCACGCUCCUCCCAUUCGUUUCGGUAACUUGCCGAUCAGUCAGACACGAUACAUUGCCAACGAACUGGAUGGUGUGGCUGGAGGUGAAAAGACGACUAUCGUCAUUGGAGUUUGGUCGCACUUCAGCACUUUCCCCGUUGAGGUCUACAUCCGGCGCCUGCUGAGCAUACGGAGGGCAGUGGGGCGGCUGUUGACCAGAGCUCCAGGUACACUGGUCAUCAUCAGGACCGCGAACCCCAAAGCGCUGACCCUCUACGAGACUCUGACCAACAGCGACUGGUUUUCAAUUCAACGUGACAAAAUACUCAGGACAAUAUUUAAAGGGAUGAAUGUCCGAUUUGUGGACGCCUGGGAGAUGACCUUGGCCCACCACCUGCCACACAACCUCCACCCACAGCAUCCCAUAAUAAGUAACAUGCUAAAUGUUGUUUUAUCCCACAUAUGUUCUCCAGCAGGGAACUUUGAAAAAGCAACAAAGUUGUAGAAUAGGACCUGUAACUGCCCUGCGACAGACUGGCGGCCUGUCCAGGGUGUAUCCCGCCUCUCGCCUGGAACGCAGCUGGAGAUACGCACCAGCACCUCCCAACACCGUUAGGGAGAAGGGUGACCAGAAAACGGAUGGAUGGACCUGUAACUGGGUCACCACUGGUGAUUGGUAAAACUUCAUCUAUAUCACGUUAAAGACGUGUCAACCAGCAGAAACAGAUGGAAUCAAAAUUAGCAACACAGAAGCAGGUAAAGGAAAUUUGGUGCGGGGAUGAAAUGGCUCCAAAAAGGCUUUGAAGAAAAACAGAUUUUUAAGAAGUCUGUCAUGAGUUGUGGUUAGUGGUGGUGAAGUAGACGCAGUGGACCCAGGUAUGUAGAAUGAAUUAUGAUUUUAAUGAAUGAACUCAGAAAACCACAUGAACCAAGAGACAAGGAACUCAACACUGGUGGCACUGGUAGCACUGGUAGCACUGGCAACAAGGACAAACGACAGCACAGUCAGUCACAUGUGACACGACUGCAAAGACACGACCAGGAUCCAGGUGGGAUUAAAUAAACAAGGGAUGAUCAAGGAACACGAGACACAGCCGGGAACAAUCAGGGGCAUACCGAUAAAACACAAGAACUGAACUGACACAGAAAAAUCAAAUCCUCACAAAGUCUGUAUUCCUAUUGAAAUUUAAAUGUUAAUAAAAUGUAUUUUUUAAAAAUGUGUUAAACUUUUUUUUAGAGACCACCCUAACCCAAUAAUGUAAAUCUGCCCGAAGUAAGAGUUCAUCAUUACAUUGUGUUUGUUGGUAACCAACUGGGUUUCCCCCCCUGUGGAACAGCAAAAAAGAUGAAGAAUAAAUGUUGGUUUCCCCUCCUCA